AAACAACGGUGGAUUAGAUCCACCCUCCACAUAUUGUUUUACCCUAUUUUUUAUUUUCUCAUUUGCAUCAUCUCCAAGAAAAAAAAAAUGAAAUGAAAUGAAAAAGAUUCACCAUUGUUGGAUUCAGUGGAUGAGUCCAUAGGGCUUCAUCAUCAAUUCAUCACCACCUUCUCCACUAAAAUCUUGUGUUUAUGCAAGGGGGAGUUGGGAUCAUUGAUGAGAGAUUUUGAGUGGAGAUUUUAGAUUCAUUGAUGUCUACUUCAGGGCCUGAGAAUGAAGUCAAACAAGGAGACAACAGUGUUUCAAAGUCGAGAUUUGUGAAUCUAUUUCGUCAGUACUCUGUUCAUCAAAUCUCCAGUAGUAUGCGGAGUUUCAAGCUGAAGGACCGGUGCAAGACGAUCCAAGUCCACGCUUUUAACCCGUCGGAAACUUCCACUAGCGGCGGCGGCAAGGUGUACCGGCAUCAUCAGGGCCAUCCCACGAUUAACUCCAUCCUGUCGGACUCGCUAGAGAUCGUGUCGUUAUCCGCGGCGGAGACGCUGAUGCCGUAUGGGCUCCCCACUACUGCGUCGCUUGAGCCGCCCAUUGACCCGUUUCUCAAGCCCGUUGAUUUCGUCGAAUCCCUAGCGGGGCUCUACCGCCGGGUCGAGAAAAGUCCGGAUUUUGGGAAGUUUUGGGUGUAUUUGGAGCAGUUUUCGGUGCUGUGUAAUCUGGGUGAUCCGAAAUUGCUCCGGCGGUGCCUCCAAUCCGCUCGUCAACACGCCGUUGACGUGCAUUCCAAGGUGGUUUUAUCGGCGUGGUUGAGAUAUGAGAGAAGAGAAGACGAGAUGGUGGGAAAAUCUUCUCUAGAUUGCAUUGGAAGAAUCAUUGAAUGCCCCAAGUCUGCUUUGAUUCAUGGGUAUGAUCCGGAUUCGGUUUUUGCCCAUUGCAAUUGUUACCAAUCACAGAAUCAGGCCUGUGAUCUAAGCAUCUCAGAUGGUAAUAUUUUCCAUAGACCAGACGAAAAGGAUGGGGAAGUGAGUUUCUGCAUUGGCAAUGAGGUGAUUACCUGUCUCAGAGGUAAAAUUGCUGCUCUCUCCAUUCCUUUGAAAGCUAUGUUGUAUGGUAAUUUCAUGGAGUCUAAGAAUGAAAGAAUUGAUUUCACCUUUAUUGGGAUAUCUGUGGAUGGAAUGAAAGCUGUGGAAAUGUUUAGUAGGAUAGGAAGAUUAGAUACUUGUUCACCGAGUAUAGUUCUAGAGAUGCUUUCUUUUGCAAAUAGGUUCUGUUGUGAGGAAAUGAAAUCUUGUUGUGAUAGUUAUUUAGCUUCAUUGGUGUCCGAUAUCGAUGAGGCAUUGGUUCUUAUUGAUUAUGCUUUGGAGGAGCGAGCAAAGCUUCUGGCAGCUUCUUGCUUGCAGGUGAUACUUCGAGAGCUCCCGGGAUACUUGUACAAUUCGAAAGUUUUGAAUAUCUUUUGUAGCGCUGAGGCUAAGGAGAGAUUGGGGACGGUGGGGCAUGCUUCGUUUCUGUUGUAUUAUUUCCUUAGCCAGGUUGCUAUGGAGGAUAAUAUGGCAUCGAAAAUAACGGUUAUGUUGUUGGAGAGAUUGAGAGAAUGUGCGAGCGAGAGGUGGCAAAAGGCCAUUGCGUUCCAUCAGUUAGGUUGCGUGUUGUUCGAAAGGAAGGAUUAUAAAGAAGCUCAAUGUUGCUUUGAGGCAGCAGUCGAAGUUGGCCAUGGCUAUUCUGCUGUAGGUAUUGCGCGGACUAAGUACAAACAAGGGCAACGGUUUUCAUCUUACGAGAUAAUUGAUGGUAUGAUCUCGACGUAUAAAGCCACGGGGUGGAUGUAUCAAGAGCGUUCUUUGUACAAUCUUGGCAAACAAAAGAUUUUGGAUUUGGACGAUGCCACUAAAUUGGAUCCCACGCUUUCUUUUCCAUAUAAAUACAGAGCUGUGGCAAUGGUGGAAGAGAAUCAGAUUGAGGCUGCCAUCUCAGAGAUAAAUAGAAUUCUUGGGUUUAAGGUCUCUCUCGACUGCCUUGAACUGCGGGCUUGGUGCUUUAUUGUUAUUGAGGAUUACAAAUCUGCCAUCAGAGAUAUUCGGGCAUUGUUAACAUUGGAGCCAAAUUAUAUGAUGUUUUCCGGGAAAAUGAGAGCUGACCACUUGCUCGAACUCCUCGGUCUGCAUGUUCAACAAUGGAGUCCCGCUGAUUGCUGGAUGCAGCUUUAUGACCGAUGGUCUUCUGUUGAUGAUAUUGGUUCGUUGUCCGUAAUACAUCAGAUGCUACUAAAUGAUCCCGGGAAAAGUGUCUUACGAUUUCGGCAAUCUUUACUUCUAUUGAGGUUGAACUGUCAAAAAGCUGCAAUGCGCAGCUUGAGAUUGGCUCUCAAUCAUUCUAGCUCGAAGUAUGAACGACUAGUGUAUGAAGGAUGGAUUUUAUAUGACACAGGACACCGUAAAGAAGCGCUUUCUAAGGCCGAGGAGUCAAUAUCUCUCCAGAGAUCAUUUGAGGCCUUCUUUCUUAAAGCAUAUGCUCUAGCAGAUACGACUUUGGAUUCUGAAUCUUCAUCGUAUGUGAUCCAACUGUUGGAGGAGGCCCUCAGAUGUCCGUCGGAUGGUCUUCGUAAGGGACAAGCACUUAAUAAUCUCGGAAGUAUCUAUGUGGAUUGCGGUAAGCUGGAUCUUGCAGCAGACUGUUACGUCAGUGCCCUCGAAAUCAAGCAUACGAGAGCUCAUCAAGGCUUAGCACGCGUUUAUUAUCUCAAAAACGAUAGGAAAGCUGCUUAUGAUGAAAUGACAAAGCUUAUAGAGAAGGCACAAAACAAGGCUUCGGCUUAUGAGAAACGAUCAGAAUAUUGCGAUCGGGACAUGGCAAAUAGCGAUCUCAGCAUGGCAACACAAUUGGAUCCUUUGAGGACUUACCCAUACAGAUACAGAGCAGCAGUGCUUAUGGAUGACCAAAGGGAAACCGAAGCAGUAGAGGAGCUUACAAGAGCGGUAUCUUUCAAACCCGACCUGCAAAUGCUCAAUCUCCGAGCUGCAUUCCACGAGUCCAUGAGCGAUUACACCUCGGCUCUCCAAGAUUGCGAAGCAGCACUCUGCUUGGAUCCCAGCCAUAAAGACACCCUAGAUCUCUACCACCGCACACGAAACAAAGCCACCACUCAGCAUAAAGUAUGCGCUUCUUUCUACAAUCCAGCCGGUCUGGGAUGAUCACUUCGGUUCAGGGGCGAAAAAGGAUCCACUCGGGAUUUACCCUCGACUUGACUCUUCAGAAAAUUGGCUUGUCGUUUGAUCAUUCAGUUGCAAGGUUGGUGAUAACUUAUAUUACAAUGAAGGUAUCUGUUGGGGUGCGAAGAAAAUGGAGUGUGUACAUAUCUCAUAUCUGUUGCAGCAUUACAUGAUUGCUUAGGAUCCUGACAAUGGGGGUAAUGUAGUUGAUCCAAAAAAAAGCAUUUCACGGCAAACAAAUAUCACAUGAAAUGUUCCCACGGUAAACAAUCAAUUUUGUGGAUCUGUCUCAUUGUGAACAUCAUUGAUCCUUUCAAACAGAUAAUCAAGAAGUGCUCAAAUUUUCUGCUCUA